AUGGGCGUCAAGGGCUUGUGGUCACUCCUCGGUCCGGUGGCCAGACCCAUCAAGCUGGAGACGCUCGAAGGAAAGAGGAUGGCCAUUGAUAGUUCCAUCUGGCUGUACCAGUUUCAAGCGACCAUGCGUGACAAGGAGGGUCGGGUUCUCGUCAACGCCCACGUCCUCGGUUUCCUUCGCCGGAUCAACAAGCUCCUCUUUCACGGCAUCAAACCCGUAUUUGUAUUCGACGGCGGUGCUCCCAACUUGAAGAAGAGCACGAUCGCUGAGAGGAGGAGGAAAAAGGCUGGGGCGGCUGCUAAUCAUGCCAAGGUCGCCGAGAGGUUAUUUGCGGCGCAGAUGAGAAGGGAAGCCGUCAAACAAGCUCAGGCACAAAGGGAGAAACAACAGGCCUCGGCUGAACAGAGAGGCCAGGCAGAAUAUGGAUACAGACCCGAGGAGGGAGAAGCGAUCCCGGAAGGGGCCGAGUACUUGGAAGAACUCGAAGACGAUGGGCCCAGGAACGAGUCGACCCCUGCUAGGAGGAGGCUGACAGGUGAAGACUCUCCAGCGACGGGCUCACUGAGCUUGGACGAGCUGGGAGAACAGCGGAGGAAGAAGUUUCGGAAACACGAUCCAUACCGCCUGCCCGAACUGCCUGACAAUGCCUUUCGACCGCCUACGAUGGGAGGCGUAGCUUCGGGAUCGAAAGCUUCGAAUACCAAAGGAUCGGGACCUGGAAGAGCUUCCCGUCUGGACCCGCGUCUAGCGACUGAAGAAGAACUCCAGCAUUUCAUCGAAGAGAUGCGUCCUGAAGACCUCGAUUUCGAUUCCCCUGAAUUCCACUCGUUACCUACCGAGGUGCAAUACGAGAUCAUCGGUGAUCUCCGGAUCCGAUCGAGACAACAGUCUCAUAAACGCCUGGCUUCGAUGUUACAAAAGGCACCGACCCCACUGGAUUUCUCCAAAGCCCAGAUCGCGCAGUUGAGCCAGAGGAACGUACUGACGCAGAGGCUAUUGACCGUGACGGACACAAUCGGGAAUUCGGGAUUGCAGAUCCCUGUGAGGGUAGCUAGUGAGCGGAACAGGGAGUACGUCUUGGUUCGAAACCCCGAGGCGGAGGGCGGAGGGUGGGUCCUGGGGGUCAGGGAUCAGGGGACGGAGCAGGCCCCGAUCAUCGUCGAGGAAAGCCCGAGGAAGAAGAAGAAGGCACAGAGGGCGAGGAUCGACGAGGUGGUGCCCAUCCCCUUCACCAUGGACCCCGACUUGCGAGCUUCGAGGCAGAAGGAAUUCCUCGAUGCGGUCGCUCGACGGCAUACACCGAAAAAGGCGGGCGGGAAGCAGACUUAUGAUCAGGUCAUCAAGGCGAAACCCAAGCAAAAGGAGAGCGUGCCUCUGUUUAUCGAGGACGACGUCGAGGACGAGAAUGCGGAGGACGGUGGAGACGACGCGGUCGACGAGUUUGAGGAGGUCCAGGUGAAUCGGGUUGGUACAGCACACGUACCGGUAGAACCGCCCUCGUCCGACGUCGAGAUGGAAGAGAUCGAGGUUGAAGUCCCGAUCCCCGAUCUGGAUCUUCGUGCGGCCAUGUCAGAGAGCGUGAUAGAGGCGCUGCGCCGGAGAGAAGAAGAAGACCGAGCCUUGUUGGCGGCUUUACGGGCUAGCAAGUCGGACGCUCGGCUACACUUUGACGCGGCCGAGAGGGACGGCAGUAUAGCAGAGACGAGGUCGACAAUGACAGAGAGCGUCAAGGACCUGGGAUCGGAUGACGACGACGAGAGUAUGGAAGAGGUACCGUUGGAAAAAACGACGGGGAGUAAACCAACCGCCGAGCCUCCUAAGUUGCAAUCGAACGGCUUGCUGGACACGAUCGACGAUCCUUCAACCGAUAAUGCGGCGCCACUCGUCAAUCUUCUCCUCGUCGACCCCGAAGUGGAUGCGUUGCAACAGACUCCGAAGAACACAUCGAAAGCGCAAGCGGUCGAUCCAUUCUCAACUCCACUAGCUAAACCAGCGAAACAGUCCGCCGAAGCUCGCCCCGAAGCACGAAAUUCCCAUAGCCCUAUAGUGAAUGACAGACCACUGGUCACUCCCGCCAAGGUCCAGCCGGAACGGCCUCAACCACCGGUACAAGUACCUCGCCAACAGGAGACCAUCAAACGCUCCGCGCCUUCACUUCCGCAAGUCCGGGGAACCAAGACGAUAGAAAUGCCAUCAGCCGAAACACCCGCUUCAGAAGCUCAAAUCGCCCCAAGUCGUCGACCAUUCACAGCCUCAACGUCGGACCCCUCGCCAUUUAUUGAUGUAGCUGACAAGAUGGACGAGGAACCAGAGGCAAAUAGCAACCCGAAAGAACAGCAAAUCCUGAGCCUUCCGGCACCACAUCCCACCGAGAUCGAAACCCACGUGGAACCGAUAGUACAACCGGACCCAGGUGUCGCUGGGCCGCCAGACGAUAAGGAAGAAGAUAUGGAAUGGGAAGCCUCGCCCCCUCCCGCUCCAAAACAGCUCUCUCGUAAUGUGUCCAAGGCAUUAUCGGAUCACGAGAGGGCUGAACAUCGAAAAGGCAUCUUUCCCGCCCCGCCUAGAGAUUUGGCAGAGGACGAAGGAGGCGUCGACAUGAACGCCGAGGGUGACGAUUACGCCCGCUUUUUGUCGCAGAUCAAGGGACGCAAUCUGACUGAAGUACGACAAGAGAUCGACAACGAGAUCCGAACGCUGAACCAGCAAAACAAGGUUGCGAUGCGAGACUCGGAAGAGAUUACCCAUCAGAUGGUCGCUCAGAUACAACUCAUGCUGCGUCUCUUCGGUAUACCCUACAUCACGGCACCCAUGGAAGCCGAAGCUCAAUGUGCGGAACUCGCUCGGCUGAACCUGGUCGACGGUGUCAUCACAGACGACAACGAUGUGUUCCUGUUCGGGGGCACCCAGUGUUUCAAGAACCUCUUCAAUGACGCCAAAUACGUCGAAUGUUUUAUCGCAAACGAUCUCGACCGGGAACUCAUGUUGAACCGAGACAGGCUCAUCUCGCUUGCAUACCUGCUCGGGAGCGAUUAUACGAUCGGCCUUCCUGGAGUCGGUCCCGUCGUUGCGAUGGAGCUAAUGGCAGAGUUUCCCGGUCCUCGUGGACUGGAGGAUUUCAAGCAAUGGUGGUUGGAGGUACAGUUGGGUAAAGACGACACGUCGAUCCAGACCAAAUUCCAGAAGACUUUUAAGAAGAAAUUCUCCAACGUCAUUCACAUCGACCCUGGAUGGCCAAAUCCCCUCGUCCGAGACGCCUAUAAUAAUCCAGAGGUCGAGACUUCCGAUGAGCCGUUCAACUGGGGUUUCCCGGACCUGAACGGCUUGCGAGGCUUUCUGAGAACGGAGUUGUCAUGGUCCGUGUCGAAAGUGGAUGAUGAAUUGACUCCAAUUGUGCAACGUAUCGCGAGGAGAGGACAGGCGGGAGCGAUGAACAAGCAGACCAUCCUCGAUCCCUUCUUCGACGCGUCUCUCGGUAAAGGCAUGUUCGCGCCUCGAGUUCGGACCAAAUAUCCCUCGAAACGACUGCAGGCGGUCAUCAAGAUGUUCCGAGAAGCCGAAGCUAGGAUCCGUGGCGAAGUUGUC